UGUGUCUGAGCGUUGGGCGCCUACUGUGUGCAGAAGCUGGAUGGGCACGUACCCGGGCCCGUGACUGAACUGACGAGGGUCAGGAGACGGGGGCCACAGACACUGUGCAUGGGCGCAAACGCAGCCUCAGGGUAUUUACCAAGAUGCCAGUAUCCCGAACCCCAGUGUGGUUGGCAUCCCUCUGUGUUGAGUAGGCGCACUAUUGGGGAGGGGAAGGGGCCAAGAAUUUUGGCACAAAUCAACAGCACUAGGGCCAUAAGGCCCUGAAAGCCUGGCACACGGUAGGCGCCUACAGAUACUCGUUCAAUGAAUGAAUUAAUCUGCCCUUUAGGGGUCUGCCUAAAGUCACCGCCUCCAGGAAGCCUUCCGAGUUUCCCCAACACCCAGGGCACAAGCUCGCAUCGCCCACUUGUACCACGGGUCCCUCCCCGGCCUGGCGCUCCGCCAAGCACACAGUAGACCCGAGGAACGUCUGAGGAAGGGAUGGCAACCGAGACAGGAAACUACUUUGCCUCACACUUUUUCAUGGGAGGUGAGAAAUUCGACACCCCCCACCCUGAAGGUUACCUCUUUGGAGAGAACAUGGAUCUGAACUUCCUGGGCAAUCGCCCGGUCCAGUUUCCUUACGUCACCCCUGCCCCCCAUGAGCCCGUGAAGACACUGAGGAGCCUGGUGAACAUCCGCAAAGACUCCCUCCGGCUCGUGAGGUACAAGGACGGUGCUGACAGCCCCACUGAGGACGGUGAGAAGCCCCGAGUCCUCUACAGCCUGGAGUUCACCUUCGAUGCCGACGCCCGGGUGGCCAUCACCAUCUACUGCCAGGCAGUGGAGGAGUUCCUGAAUGGGACGGCUGCGUACACCCCCAAGAGCCCGGCCCUGCAGUCCGAGACCGUCCACUACAAGCGAGGGGUGAGCCAGCAGUUCUCCCUGCCCUCCUUCAAGAUCGACUUCUCGGAGUGGAAGGAUGAUGAGCUGAACUUUGACCUGGACCGGGGCAUGUUUCCAGUGGUCAUCCAGGCCGUGGUGGAUGAGGGGGAUGGUGUGGAAGUGACCGGCCACGCCCACGUGCUCUUGGCCGCCUUUGAGAAGCACGUCGAUGGCAGCUUCUCUGUGAAGCCUUUAAAGCAGAAGCAAAUCGUGGACCGGGUCAGCUAUCUGCUGCAGGAGAUCUACGGCAUUGAGAACAAGAACAACCAAGAGACGAAGCCCUCAGACGAGGAGAACAGCGACAACAGCAACGAGUGUGUGGUGUGCCUGUCGGACCUGCGGGACACGCUGAUCCUGCCCUGCCGCCACCUGUGCCUCUGCAACUCGUGCGCCGACACGCUGCGCUACCAGGCCAGCAACUGCCCCAUCUGCCGGCUGCCUUUCCGGGCCCUUCUGCAGAUCCGGGCAGUGAGGAAGAAGCCAGGAGCCCUGUCCCCCAUCUCCUUCAGCCCCGUUUUGGCCCAGAGCAUGGACCACGAUGAGCAUUCUUGUCCCUUUAAAAAAUCAAAGUCGCACCCUGCCUCACUGGCCAGCAAGAAACCUAAAAGGGAAACAAGCUCCGACAGCAUCCCGCCUGGCUACGAGCCCAUCUCCCUGCUCGAGGCGCUCAACGGCCUUCGGGCCGCCUCCCCAGCCAUCCCCUCGGCCCCGCUUUAUGAAGAGAUCACCUAUUCGGGCGUCUCAGACGGCCUGUCCCAGGCGAAUUGUCCACUUGCUGGGAUCGAUCGGAUCAUGGAAAGCAGCCUCCAGAAGGGCAAGCUGAGGAGCAGAUCCCCCGACAGCACCCUGCGGUCCCCAUCGUCCCCCAUCAAUGAAGAGGAUGACUCGGAGGCCCCGCCCCCGCCGAGCGGGGCAGGGGUGGCGCUGAGCAGCUCCCCCGAGAGCUUCAUAACAGAGGAGGUUGACGAGACUUCAUCACUAAAGCAAGGGAGCCGAGUGCCGUCUAUCGAGAACGUCCUGCAGGACGGCAGCCCCGAGCCCUGCAGCCGAGGCCAGCCCAGCGCAGUUGCAGACAUCUACCUGCCAGGAUGGUCCACCUCCAUGGAGACACCCCGCAGCCUCCACGCCGCCGGGCCCCCCCGGCCUCCACUUGGUGGCCCCGGUCCUGACCCCGGGGCCGCUGAGCUGACCCCACUCUGAGAGCCUGGCCAGGCUGGCAGCAUGGAGCCCUCAGCUCCCCAGACUUGGCCGAGGGGCUGCCUGGACUCCAGCGUGACCCCUGGCCUCUCCGGUCUGCACGCCCUGUGUGGUCACUGGCUCCGAGGGGCCGUGUGACCCUUGAUUGAAGAGCACAGUUGACCUUCCUCUCUGACAGCCCCCUUUUUCUACGGUCGAUGUAUUUAUAAAUGGUACAGGAUGAAGGAUGGCGGCUUUCUGUCCUGGGCGCUGAGCUCUGGGGUUCCCCCGAGACGUCCUGUGGGCUGAUCACCCACGUGCAGCCUGGUUGGGCCUCACCCAGCCCCCAAGUCCGUAGGGGUCCUGUCGAUGCCCGAGAACUCAACAGAGUGCAGUCUUCACAGGAAACGUCACAGGGGCCUUGUGGGAGGAAAGGAAGUGGGGGCCGAGUCUCAGUCAAUGAAGGAAACAGUGCCUGUCCCCUCCCCAUGUGCGUGUACCCUCCCCCCUCCCUACGUGGCCCUGCAGGACCACCUCCUACAGUUUGCCCCCCCCCCCCGCCCGCGGCUAGGCAGUCAGGCCAAGUCUGGGUCUGGCCAUUAACAGCGGUUGUGUCCAGGGGCCCUUCUCUGAGCCCCACACUUCCUCGGAGGCGGCCUAGCCCAUGUCGUCGGACCCUCCGGGUGGGGGGCUCCACUCAGCCGGCGGCGCUGCUGCCCACCUGCCCCGGGAGGGCCUGAGCGGCUUCUCCGCUCCCUUCUCACCAUGUAGAUGCCACUUAGCGUUUCUCUUUGAUUUGUUCUGUCUGGGACUCCUGUGGUGGGACCUGCCAGGGGAUGAGGGUCCCAUCUGAGGUGACCGCAUCUUUUUUUAAAGAUAAACUUUCUGGGUAACAGAAAGGCAGAGGAGACGCUUGGCCUUGGUGCCCCCAGGCGAGAGCUUCCCCCGCAGGACCUUGAGCCCAGUGGGUGGGUCUGCAGCUCCCGGGUGCAGACACUUUGCUGGCAGGCGGGAGAGGGUCCUGCUUCCUGAGGAGCUGCCCUGGGAAGGACAGUUCUGGGGCGGCCGGCUGCACAGGCUGAGGCUCUGUUGAGUGGGACAGUCGGGCGUCUAUGACUCCUUUUCCCUCCGGCUGAGCCUGUGAACAGAGGCCACGCUUGGGGCAGCCUGCCCUGGCCCCUUGGCUCCCUGCCUCCCCUCCCCUCCCACCCACCAUGUGCUCAUGGGUGCACGCAUGCCGAUGCACACACACACGCACACACACAUGCACACACAGACAGGCAGGGCGGCCGUGUCCCUCUCCUCAGCCCUCUCCUCUCACAGCCAGCACCCCGGCCUCUCGCCAUCGAUAUUGUGCCAGUAACUCUGAAGGACAGGGUGCAGACUGGCCUGUCUUGUACUUGCGUGUGCUACCAUUUGAUGUACUCUGAUUCGCUAGUUUUUGUUCGUUUUUACUGUCUAUUUAUAGUAAUAAAAUCAUGCA